CAGCGAUGCCGGUGUGGCUGCGGGAGCACAGCUGGCGUCAGACCCUCUCCGCCGUGUACCUCUCGCUGCCCUUGCGCGGCGCCCGGGCCAGCCCCGCCAACAUCUUCUGCAGCGAGCAGUACCUGAAGGUAAGCAUCCCUCCCUUUCUAUUUGAAGCCAUUUUAUAUGCUCCUAUUGAUGACAUAAAUAGCACAGCAAAGAUUGGAAAUGGAAACAUUUUCUUCACUUUGUAUAAAAAAGAACCUGCCAUGUGGGAUUCCCUAACUCUAGCAAAUGCUGACAAGGAGAAGCUACAAGAUCUGAGAGAGAAUGCUGUUCUAAAAGCCCAUGAAAAGGCAAAAGAGGAGACAGAAGCAAAAAAAAUUACAAAACAGGAAAACAAAAAAUAUGCUUUGGAGUCCACAAUGAAGCUAGAGGAAGCAGAAAGAAAAAGAAUUGAAGAUCUGAAAGAAAAGGAGAGGCAGAAGGUUGCUAAAGAGUUGGAGUUAUGGAAAAAACAACAAAAAGAUGGUGAUAAAUACAAGAGCAUGCAAAAAAAGGGAGCAUUACAUCAAGAAAUAGAGCCAUUAAAACAGAGAAAAAAUGAAAAAAUGAACAAAACUCAGAUUCCUAAUGAAGGAACUUCUAAGACCAGACUCAAAUCCACAAAAGGUGAUGGUUCCUGUAGUAUAUUUUCACAGAAUUUAAAGGAAGAACUGUUACCAGCUCCCCGAGCUGCUGCUACAAUUAAAGUCAACUUUACACCACGAGUUUUUCCCACAGCUCUGCGAGAAUCUCGUGUUGCAGAAGAGGAGGAGUGGCUACAUAAACAAGCAGAAGCUCGAAGAAUAAUAAAUUCUGAUUUAUCUGAGCUGGAAGAUUUAAAAGAAGAGGAGAAGAAUCCAGAUUGGUUAAAGGAUAAAGGAAACAAAAUGUUUGCAAUGGGAAACUACCUUGGGGCUGUAAAUGCAUAUAACCUUGCAGUGAAGCUGAACAAUAAACUUCCCGUCCUGUACCUGAACCGUGCUGCUUGCCACCUUAAACUGAGAAAUUUACACAAAGCUAUCGAAGAUUCCUCUAAGGCACUGGAACUGUUGACACCACCUGUUCCUGAUAAUGAGAACGCUCGAGUGAAAGCCCAUGUGAGACGAGGAACAGCGUUUUGUCAGCUGGAAUUAUACACUGAAGGUCUUCAGGAUUAUGAAGCAGCUCUCAAGAUUGAUCCUAGAAAUAAAAAUAUAGAAAAAGAUGCUGAGAAGAUUCGACAUCUAAUUCAAGGAACAGUGCAAAGUUCUUAAUUAAAAAAAAAUUAUAUAUAAAUAUAUAUAAAAGAAGCUCUUUGAUGCC